CAGAUGCGGGUUACUCGUUUGGUCAUAUUUUGUGGAGAGACAACCUUCAGUAUUUUACGUCUUAUCUCGUAAAUAUUAACUGAAUUGAUUGUUUUUCUCUAUUAGAUUCAGAAGAUUAAUACCUGAAGUACCAUCACCGAGAAGAAAAAAGUCCUGUAACUGUGGUUAAGUGGAGUUAAAUACGUUAUAGAGCGAGAGUAUUAGAGAGGAGUGGUAUGAUGUCGUCUGCAGGUUUACGGCGACUCUUCACAGCUGGUCACUCAAGCAGUCAGUUGAGCUGUAGACUCUUUACUGAACACAUACGUACAUUAUCCACCACCGUAAAUAUGGAACAACGUGUAGUUACCCUCGAGAAUAUGAAUCCCCAUGUUAAAAAGAUGGAGUACGCAGUUCGUGGACCCUUGGUGAUUCGCGCAACUGCUAUAGAGAAAGAACUACAGGCGGGAGGGAGGAAGCCGUUCAAGACAGUAACAAAGGCGAACAUCGGCGAUGCUCACGCCAUGGGUCAGAAGCCCAUCACUUUUCUCAGACAGGUGGUAUCUCUGUGCCUGAUGCCUUCCCUCAUGGACGACCCCAACAUUCCUUCAGAUGUGAAGGAGCGGGCGCAAGGUAUCCUAAAUGGGUGUAAAGGCAGCUCUUUGGGUUCCUACAGUGACUCUGCCGGUGUUGAGGUCAUCCGUCGUCACGUGGCAGAGUACAUUGAGAGACGCGAUGGAUUUCCCUCCAACUGGGAAGAUAUUAUUCUCUGUGCCGGUGCCUCAGAAGGAAUUAGGGGAACAAUGAAGAUGAUGAUCAAACAUGACAACAGCAUCAAGCCAGGAGUGAUGAUCCCAAUCCCACAGUACCCACUCUACUCUGCCACCAUAGCAGAGUUUGAUCUUCACCAGAUUGGUUACUACCUAAAUGAGUCCACCAACUGGGGGCUCGACAUUUCUGAGCUGGAGCGAGCGUAUGAUGAAGCCAAGGAAGUGUCCAAUCCAAAGGCUUUGGUUGUUAUCAAUCCUGGCAACCCAACCGGUAAUGUACUCACAAAGGAGAAUAUUCAGGGGGUCAUCAAAUUUGCUUAUGAGAAGAAACUCUUCCUUUUUGCUGAUGAGGUGUACCAAGACAAUGUAUAUGCAGAGGGCUGUAAGUUCCACUCAUUCAAGAAAGUGGUAAUGGAAAUGGGUGCUCCAUAUAACCAAAUGGAACUUGCUUCUUUCAUGUCAUGCUCCAAAGGAUACAUGGGAGAGUGUGGCCUGAGAGGAGGUUAUGCUGAGAUAGUCAACUUGGACCCACAAGUUAAGACUAUGUAUCUGAAAAGUAUUUCUGCCAAGUUGUGCCCCACAACCCUUGGUCAGGCUGUGAUGGAAUGUGUUGUGAACCCACCAAGAGAGGGAGAACCUUCAUACGAGCAGUUCAUAGAGGAGAAAAAAGCCGUCUUGUCAUCACUUGCUGAACGUGCCAAGAUGGUUGCUGAAACAUUCAAUUCUGUGCCAGGGAUGUCAUGUAAUGUUGUCCAAGGAGCCAUGUAUGCCUUCCCACAGAUCAUGUUGCCAGAGAAAGCUGUACAAGCUGCAAAAGCUGCAGGUCAAGCUGCUGAUGUGUUCUAUGCAUUCCAACUACUUGAAAACACUGGUAUUUGUAUUGUCCCAGGCAGUGGGUUUGGGCAGCGACCAGGGACUUACCACUUCAGGACCACUAUCCUACCCCAGCCAGAGUUGCUCAAGACCAUGCUUGAAAAGUUCCGUGACUUCCAUUCGAAUUUCAUUAAACUUUAUGAAUAAGCAGUUUCUUCAUCAAACUUCUAAUUACACAUAUCCCACUUGCUUUUGUUUUCAGGAACUCAUCCUCCACACUCUUAACUGCAGCCACAAGACUGAGGUUUAAAAAGGGUAAUAUCUUUAUCUGUCCAUAGCAGUGCAAUAAACACAAGUAUCUCAUACCUGUCUAUCCAUGGGUCUGUGUUAGAUAAAGUGUUUUGUAUUUUCAAGUUCAGGAGAAAUGUGUUCUUCAGUUUAGUAUACAGUACUUUGAUCAAUAUUUUAGAAAAAAAUUGUAUGAAAGAAAAAUCAAAUGUACUGUACAGUAAACUGUAUUUUAAUAUGAUUUGUGAUUAAAGGUUGUAUAUAUUACUGUAUUAUUUUAAAAAAGACAAGUUCAUAAGUUUGUAGUAAUUAUAUGUAGUCUUUUCAGUAAAAUGUUCUUUUUUUUUUCUCUCUAAAAAAAAAAUGAGAUAUGAAUAUUAAUACUUUAGCAUCUACAUAUAGUUAGUGAGCACUUGUUACAAAUUGCAUCAUUAAAAUAUGAUUGUAUAUGGUAAUGACUUGAUAAACACUAUUAAAAGAUUGAAUUGAACUCGGUAAUAGUACUGAAUACCUGUACUGAUAAUUAUAUUGCCUUUAAAGAAAUCACACCAAACACACAAAUAAAUAUACCAGAACUGUAAAUGCUCAUAUAGAAAGCUUCAUUUUUCAAUUGAUAAUUGCUCACAUUAGUUUUUCUUGUAAAUCAGUAAUUGUUUCAAAAUUUUAUAUCAAUCUUUGUCCAUGUAUUGAACAGCAGAACUAAAUGUUUGAUUAUAUUUUGGCUAAGUACUAUACACAUACUACCACUCAAGGAGUGUAUUGACCUGAUAUUGUGAAUAUUGUAUACUGUAUAUUAUAUCAUACUCUGUUCACCUUCUCUAUAUACUGUAGUGGCAUAGAAUAAUCUUCAAUUGCUACCUAAAAUGAUUUGUAUUUUUAUAUUGCCCUAAUAUGGUCCUAGGUAACACUGUGUGUGAAACCAAAAGUUAUUUAGUAAUUAACAAAAAUUAUUACCCAGUGGAUAUUAUCUAAACCAAAAAAUUCUGCAGUGUAUGGAAGUUUAAUGGUACAAUAUUUGUAAAGUAACUGAUUAUUAAACAAUUUAUUAUUUAGAACCAUUAUAAUGGUGUCAUUGUGAAAGAAACACUACGGUAUUACUUGCAAUUAAUGGAAUUUCAAAAUGCUGUGCUUCCCAGAAUAUCACUAGAAAAAGAUAUCCUUCCCGGGAAGACUGUUUCUCCCCUUUGCUGGAUUAUGGCACAGCUACUGAAAUUUUAUUACGAAACUGAAUUUUACAACAUCAUGUGAUUUAUGGUAAAAGCAUUUGUGCUGUGGUUAUGUUUUAUUUAGAUUGGCUUAUAAUUAAAUAUGCAUUAAUUCUGGAGGAUAUUGCUAGAGAUUCAUUCAUGCAUCUUGUAAUUCCAGUUGCUGAAAUCUGGAUCACUUCUGCUGCACACUUUUAUAAAUUUGGAAUGCACUGAACUGUGAUAAAUCUGCCUCACUGCUUGAUGAGCAGUUACAAUGUAUAAAUAAUUACCCCAUGCAAAUAAAAUCACGUAAAAAGUUUGCUUUA